AUGGCCUCCCAAAAUACCAAUGGCACCGAAGGUCCACCUGUAACAACUAAAGACACCGUCCUUGAAACCGGCGCCUCAGCUACCCAGUCUUUUGAACCAAUCAAAGCAAUCUGUGCUCACCUUAAUGCUUUUCAUGUCUAUGCAUCUAAUCCAACACGGAGCGUAGAGGCGAAUCAUUACUGUACACAUUUGAGUGCUGAUGUUCGACAAUGUCUGAUAUACGACGCCCCCACUAACCCCGCGCGCUUGAUCGGCGUGGAGUAUAUGAUCACACCGAGGCUCUAUGAGACGCUUGACCAGGAGGAGAGGAAGCUAUGGCAUUCUCAUGACUUUGAAGUCCGCAGCGGUAUGCUCAUUAUGCCCAACCCCAACCUCCCAAACGCAGUCUGGGAGAUCCCCGAGACGGAAGAAAUGAAGGAGGUAAUUGGUUUGUAUGGAAAGACGUAUCAUUUUUGGCAGGUUGAUAGGGGUGAUACGCUCCCGUUGGGGAAGCCGGAGUUAAUGAUGAGUUUUACGAAGGAUGAGCAGGUGCCGUGGGAUAAGGUUAAGGAUAGGGAUGAGAGGUAUGGCGUUGAUACUUCGCAGAAGAGGGAGAAGAGGAAGGUUAUUGAGGGUGUGAAAAUCCAUGGGGAUGCCGAUUCUUGUUGGGAAGGGAAGUGA